AUGGCGCCCGCCAUGUUGUCCAAGAUGCUUCACCGCAUGUCGCAAUCCCAAGGUGACGAAGGAUACGAUGCCAAUCGUCAGCAGCGCGAACAGGAGAAGCAGCAUUUAGCAGACUGGGAGGCACAGAAGGAGCCGUUGGAGGUUGAUGAGAUUACCAAGGACCCGCAGAAGAAGCCCGUCGGACAUAGCUCGAAAUACCUUCGAAAGGAGGACUUUGACUUGAUUAAGACGUUGGGUACGGGAACGUUUGCGCGAGUGUGGUUGGCGAAGAUCGCAAAUCGGAAGGAACGAGACAACAACAAAGUCUUUGCGCUGAAGAUAUUGAGGAAGACGGACGUGAUCCGACUGAAGCAAGUAGAGCAUGUCAGGAACGAAAGAAAUACGCUGGCAGCCGUGGCUGGACAUCCCUUCAUCACGACCAUGGUCGCGAGCUUCCAGGACAACGAUACGCUGUACAUGCUACUGGAGUACUGUCCUGGGGGAGAAGUCUUCUCCUACUUGCGACGAGCGAGACGCUUCAAUGAACCCACAUCACAAUUCUAUGCAGCCGAGAUCGUUCUGAUACUGGAGUUCCUGCACGAGAAGGAGGGCGUAGCAUACCGUGAUCUUAAGCCUGAGAAUAUACUGAUCGAUGCCGAAGGUCACCUCAAGCUCGUUGACUUUGGUUUUGCGAAAAAGAUCGAGGAGCGAGAGACGUACACGCUGUGUGGCACCCCCGAGUAUCUAGCACCCGAGGUCAUUCGCAACACUGGUCAUGGCACUGCAGUCGACUGGUGGGCCUUCGGCAUCCUCAUCUACGAAUUUCUGGUUGGACAACCGCCAUUCUGGGAUCAGAACCCGAUGAAGAUAUACGAGCAGAUCGUCGAAGGCAAAGUCAGGUACCCCUCGGCCAUGUCACGAGAUGCACGAGACAUUAUUGGUGGGUUGUGUACAGUCGACGUGACGAAACGGCUGGGUAAUGUGAAGGGCGGUGCAAGUACAGUCAAGUCGCAUCCAUGGUUCAAGGACAUCAAUUGGGACGAGCUGUACCACAGGAAGAUGCAAGGACCGAUUGUGCCGCAUUUGAAGAGCGCAGACGAUACGAGGAAUUUUGACGAGUAUGAUGCUGAGCCUGUGCAUCGCGAUGCAUACACGAAGGAAAUGCAGCAGAAGUACGAAAGCGCUUUCGCCGACUUCUAG